GUGACAAGUGGCUUUCUCUCACAGCAUGCAUUUAACUAGAUACGCGCAAGGAGAAUAUUACUUGUCAUUUCUGUUAAAAUAAUCACUUAUUUAGACAAAAGUGAAUAAAACGUUCUUGCGUUUUAAGCUAUGCAACAACCUGCUGUCAUACCAUUUUUAUUUAUUAAUUUUUUUCCAUGCCGAUUCAUUGUGCAAAUUUAACCCCAAAUUGUGAACAAAAAAAAAUAAAAUGUUUUGUCUGUUAACAGAAAUAACUAGUCGGCAGAGUUGUCUAAUAAAUAUUUAUUGAAUAGAUUGUUAAAUGAUGAAUAAGAUAAUUAUAAAUUACAUUCAUUUAUUUAAUAAUUGUUAAUAAUUAAAUUAAACGUAAACAAUCAAAUGAAAGAUUACUUCAAUGGCUGCUUGCGUAAUUAUAUAUGAAUAGCAUUAAAAAUGAAUAGAAACAAAAUGAUGAAAAACAAAUGUAGGAUUGCUACCCAGAAGCAGCGCACAUAGUUAGCGUUCGAGGAUCCAUAGAUCCUUCAAAACAUACAGAAGGUAUAAACUCCCUUGGUGACCACACAGAGUCCACCCAAUACCCCAGCAGAAACUUUAGCCGUCCUGCCGUAGUGGCUCUAGCUCAAAUGUCAUUUGUUUAAUAUGAAUGGAUCUGUACUCAUCUUUGCACGUUCUGGUAAUAUAGAUGAGACGCAUUCGUCUAAAGUGUAUGAACUCACAAUUAAGGCGAAAUAAAGAGUAUAGCCCUUUUGAUGUUGUUUAUUUAUGAACAGGCAAAAUGUUCUAAAUUGUAAUAUGUUUCCAAAAUGGCAUCAAAUCAAAACUAAAAGCAUUAUAGAACAUCACAGUUAACUUGAAUCUAUCGAAAUGUAUUUGUUAUAUGCAGGUGUUGUAUGCAAAUUGUUAUAUUAUUUUCUUGCUAUUCUUGCUAUUUUCACAUUUAAAAAAAAACACAUUUAUAUUUAGUUGUUAAUAUGUGGGUGUGUAGUUAUAUACAGUUACAUAAAUAAAAAUGUCAAAUAAUGGCCUGUAUUAUAUGCUAUUCAGAAAGAAAGGAAAUAUAAUAUAAUAACUGUUAUUUAGUUAUUUAAUAACUGUUUAACUUUAUCCUAGGUGAUUCAGGCCUACAUGGUUUACCUAAAGGAAGCGGGAAUUGAGUCCAAACACCUGCAUUCUGAUUAAAUAAUGUUUAUCGGUACUAAAAUGCAUGUUAUGUAACAUGCACAGAGGUAACUGUGGAAGACAGAAUAAGCGUGUAGUCUAAUAUGUCUAACGCCGGUUAAUUAUUCAUGUGCAAGUGUAGAGUUACAAGCUCACCGUCUCCAUGGAAACCUAGCGUGACUUCUUUCAUGCGGUAAGAAAUGGUCAUCGCUUGCAAUAUGUCCUUAACGCGUUUGGAUCAAAAACAGCACUUCAGCACCAUGGACAAGAUCGAGCAACUAAACCCCAUCGACAUGUAAAGAGCGUUUCCGCGCGGAGAGGGACAUGGAGAAGCAAGGCAGGCUGGCUACCACAAAUAAAAGUAAUUAUAUACACGUAAAGGUUACCAAACAAGCAAGCUGACGUGUUUAACGCUUUUCGGGUGACUUGCUGUAGAGAGUUGUUCUGAGCAAGGGCACGAUGGUGAUAGAUCCCUCGCGGGCUCUGAACCAACAACCUUUCACAAACCAGCCCGAAUAUUUAGACGCCGAAGGCGCCCGCUGCGAUGUUUAAGAAAAUCAACGCGGUUUUCCGUCCGAACCAUCCCGGAUCUCGCUCGCGGGACAGGUUCAGGGCCAGCGAGGACUACCACAGCGCGUGCACGGUCAAACUGGUCCGGAGCACGUCCAUGCUCGUGGUGGGGGAGAGCGGUCGCGCGCCGCGGGACCCCGCGCUGAAGAGGAGCGCGAGCGCCGUGAGCGUCGAGGCCAGCACCGCCCUGUACUACUACCAAAGCCGAGAGGACCGAGUGUGGCUCUACUCCCAGAACCAGAACUGCUUGGAGUACUUACAGGAACUGGUCGCGCUCAGGAGGCAGUACACCAAGAGCAUCAACGACCUCAAGAGCGGCGAGCGCAAAGAGACCGCGUCCCGCAAGAAGAACCCCGCGCCCCGGCCACCGCAAAACAGAGCUGCACAGACUUCGAGGCCUGAACCUUCUGCUCCACCAAUCCCAAAUGAGGAAGACACACUCCAGUUCUUCGAUGCAGUCAUUGCAAGCUGCGACCCAGAGCCCAGUCGAAAACCACACGUGGACAAUGGGCAUGCGGACGUAGACUUCAUAGUGGCAACCAGUACCAGCGAGCAUGACCUUCACUCUAACUGGGUGCUUCGAGAUCCUCGCCGAAUCUCCAUGACAGAGUCCCAACCCAAGAAUCCAGAAAUCAGUCAUGGGCAGGCAGCCCAGCGGAAGGGGGACAUGGGAAGCACAGGCAGCAGGAGACGUCUACAACGAAACCCAAUCCACCUGCCAAAAGUGGUGGAGAGUGCCUUUCAGACUUUGCGUUUCAAACCCAAGCUCAAGAAGAAAGACUAGCGGCUUAAGCUGUUCCACCGCUUGUGCCCAGAGGACGACUUGAACUUCACGAAGUUGGAGCUGGAAGCAAGAAUAAGGAACAAUCUGACUCACCACAGAAGAUGUGAGCUCUGUGACGUAAUGUCAGUGCUUACUCACUGCCAGAGCUUCAUAAAUUAUCCACAGCAGAUCAGAAUCUCUCGUUCAGUAGCUCUCCAUAGCGAAUGUUUAAGGCCAUUAACAGAGCGUAACCACUGAACAAUCACCCUGCGCACUGAUUCCAGACAGAGCAACUGGAAUUUUCUUAUCACAUUAACACAGAUCUGAGAUCUGAUGAGCAAAACACAUCAAGGCCAAGGGGCUAGCUAUUAACUGCCUGGCUAUGAUAGGUGAGUCUUAAAGGGACGGUUCACGCCAAAAUUUAAAUUCUGUCGUCAUUUACUCAUCCUCAAGUAGUUACAAAUCUGUAUGAAUUUCUUUGUUCUGCUGAAAGGAAAGGAAAAUGCUUUGAAGAAAGUUGGUUGUUUUGGGUCACCAUUGACUCCCAUAGUAUUUUUUCCUCCUACGGAAGUCAGCGGUGACCCAAGACAACUUUAUUUAAAAUAUCUUCCGUUGUGUUCGGUACAACAAAGAUAUUCACGCGGGCUUGGAUCUACUUGAGAAUGAGUAAAUAAUGACAGAAUUUGAAUUUUUAAGCGGACUAAUCCUUUAAUGCAAAGCUAACACCUAUGCCCUGCAUUUAAAUCUAAUCAAAUACAGUAAAACGAUGGGGAUCAUUACUGUAGUAUUUCUUUAUAUAAAUCCCUCCAACUUGUACUAGGUGCCUUAGUGUGUAGGUUUGUACGAUCUUUUUUUUGUUAUAAUGACUAUGAUGAUUUAUGUUAAGGAAUAGUUUAAGUAAGCUAAGCAGCAAAAGACCGUCCAAUUGUGUGUGAACUACUUCAGCUACUGUUCAAGUGUUGUAUUUCUACUAGUAUUUUUUAAAACAUUAAAGCCUAUAAAGAGGAA